UCGUAGCAGCAGCACGUGUCAGUGCCGCUACGUACAAACCUCCUCUACGAAACAUUCGUAGCCGCGAAAUGAAAGUGAGUUCAAAAUGUACCGAAGUGUUUUGAUACUACUCGUUGUAAGCAGUACUACUGCAAAUCCAGCUAAAAUAGAUCCAAAGAGAGACCAUUGCAACAAGACUGUCGAGAUUUAUGAAGAUGUUUCUUCCCCUCCGGUCACUGCUGACAACUUCGGUAGACCCCUCACCUGUACAUACAGAUUUCGUGCAUUUCGUGGGUCACCGAAAGAUUGGAUUCUACGGAUACGUUUCAAGAAGUUCAAAGUUGGGACAUUAAUUAAUGGGACUACGUGUCAUAAAGGAUAUAUGCAGAUAGUAGACGGGAACGCAAAAACAGACGUAUCAAACAGGAAGGAGCCGGGCCUAUUCUGUGGCGAGAUCGAACAACCGCAGACAUUCAUCUCCGAAACGAACUUCGUAAAGAUCGUGUUCCAUGCGGACAACUUUACAGAUCAAACCUACUUCAGUUUCGAUUCCAGGGCCGAGCAGCAAUUUGAAGUAUACCUAAGAUACGGUCAGCAUCCAGAGCUAUAUCCAAACAGAAGAGGAGAAGUAGUUGCCGGAUCAUAUUGCGAGCGGGUCUUCAGGGACUGUCGUCUUCAGACAUGCUACGUGCAGUCGGCUGCCUACCCUGGGGUCUAUCCGAGGAAUCUGCACUGCAGAUACCAUCUGAACACAAGACUCCCGUACAUCAAGCUGUAUAUAGAAAACGAAGAGUUCAACAUCGAUGGUCAGCGGUGUGAGAAUAUUAUGACAUGUCCCAUGAGGCCCAUCACUUCAGGUUCAGAAAAUUGUCCAUACGACUACAUUCGCAUUUACGACGGUAAAGAUGAAUCUUCAACGGUGAUUGGGACGUUCUGUGGAAUGGGCAAGUUUCCGUACUCGAUCAUCGGCACUUCGCAAGACUUGUUCGUUGAGUUUGUCAGUUCGCCGGCAGGACCACUCCUGAAUACCGGUUUCCACUUUAACGUUGGCAAUUGGCCUGGACACGUGGAAGCUCCCGGCUCUAAGAUUGGGAACUGCGACUGGCUACUGACCGCUGACUCCUUGAAGAAGUCCGGUGAUACUGAAGGCAUCUUCCUGUCGGUGGCUCAUUGGUACCCACCUCACACUUCCUGCACUUACUUGAUGCAAGGGUUGCCUGGACAAGUCGUGAGGCUAUACUUUCCAAGCUUUCGAAUAAACCGGAUAGAAUCCCCAAUAGUGCCGUGGAGUGAUGACUGCGGAGAAUCUCUAACCCUAUACGAUGCACCCAGACCUGAUGAUGCGAAGAUCAUCAAGACAUUCUGCGACACGUUCAGCAGGCCGAUGGAGAAACAUGACUUUGUGUCGACAGGCAACGCGAUGUUUGUGAGGUUUGAGAGCAAGACUGGAAGCUAUAGUGGAUCAUCAUUAUAUUACUGGGCGCACUAUGACUUCUUCAACAAUACUCGCUUCGGUGAACCAGUGUCUGGAACAGCAUGUGACGAGGUGAUAGCGUCCUGGAAGCAGAGAGCGGGGAGACUCCGUUCUCCUCUCAACACCCUGGUGUACAAGCAGGCCCCACCCGGCGAGGAUGUCCACUGCUUGUACAGAUUGGUGACAGACAAGAGGAUUUACGCUAGAGUUAUACUAACUAUACUUAGCGUGAACUUUAAGGAACAUCCAUAUACACCUGUGUCCUGUCAGAACUGCUACGAAGACCGUGCUGACAAGCUAAUUAUUUGGGAACCCUUCCCUGGCAAUCGUUUUCCUAAUAUGAGUAAUUCUAUAAGUCAGACCACAACCCCUUUACCACUACAUUUAGCUGUUCAAAGAUCUCUUGGCUCCUGUCUUUGCGCAAAACAUGUAAAUACUGUAACCCGCGUCAGGCCGUACAGAGUCGUGUCUUCUGGUGAAAACCUUAACUUGCAAUUAAUAGUAGAUAAUGCCCAUGCCGCAGCAUCGUAUUUCAAAAACCCUUCUCCUCUGUUCGAAGCUCGAUAUGAAUUUGUUCAUGGGCCUCUUUGUGGUCCUGCUGUUUUAGCAGCUUCGUCUGACGGUGAAAUUGUUUAUCCACAUUUAGAAGCACUUGGCUAUACGGAACCACCAAAGAAGAUACAAUGUAUUUGGGAUCUUGAGAUAGAAGAGAAACGCGAUAUAUGGCUGCAUUUCGAUAGCAUUAAAUUUGCUUCUCGUCACUGUGACGAUGGUAAUAUUCAAAUAUUCUUACCAGGUAGAAUAGAACCUUAUCUAUCAAUUUGUGGAGAAAAUGUUUCGUUAGCACGAGAACUGCCAAUUUUAUCUGCAGGCGAAUUGGGUUUUGAGUCCCUAGAUGAUCCUUUAGUAAUUGAAAAGGAGAAAACCCGGUCUAUAAGGAUAGUUUUCAUUGGGAGUGCUUCUCCAGCCCGAGCUGCUUUCAAAAUUGCUUGGACUGGUCUUUACCAUUUACCGAAAAACUCAGACGGCUCGUUAAUGACAUCAAAAUUAACAGACUUUAGUACUGGUACCACAGAUUCUUUAAAUGGAUGUGAUUUUAUAUGUCCGGGGGAAGAAGCGCUUUGUAUUCCGGCUAGAUUGAUUUGCAAUGGUGUUGUGAACUGUCCUAAUAUGACAAGUAGUAGAGGAAAGUACUGGACCGCUGAGGAGAAACAAGCGAGGGAGGCAUAUUCUGAAGAUAGUUUACGACGACUUGGAUAUUUAGAUGCUCUAAGUGGUAUUCAAUUAGGGAAUUUGAAUGAUGAAUCACCAGAAUUAUGCACAGGUGUUAGAAUGACUGGAAGUAGUGAUUGGUUAGCUCCAAUUUUGGGUGCCUGUUUGGCCUUAAUUGUUAGUGUCUGUGCAUUAGGAGCAGCUUGGAAACUUUGUUGCCGAAAGAGGUCUCCAGAUGAAGAGUCGUUGGAUUACUGACAUGCGGCCCGCGGCGCUGCGCAUGCGCCGCCCACCCUUCAUUCUCGAUCGUCUUCUAGAGACCUACCCUUGGACUGGAGUCUGCAUUAAUAGACCCUGUAUUGAGUGCCCAUAAAUACCAAAUGUGGCUCAAUUAUAUUAAAAGUGUAUGACAUAAAAUUUCUUCAGCCCUUCCCAACGAGUAGGCAUAAAUCCUAAGUAUUCGAUAUCACCUCACUUUUGUCCCAUUUUCAAAAGAAGAGGCAUUAAACGAUAUGUAUAUUAAAUGUAUAUACCCGCAAAAUUAAUAAACCCUAACAAAAUCUUGAAAGAUGGUUAAAUAGGGUAGUAAACGGUGAUAAUAGCCAUAUUGGUAAGUUAUUAAGAUUCUCUCUGAUUAAAAUAACAAGGUGAAUUAACCAACUCACGAAACCAUUUUAAUAUUUGCGAACUUAAAAUACAGAGAGGCAAUAGAGGUUUUGAGUAAUAUCACUAUUUACAGAAAUAGCUUAGAACAUACAUGACAAUAUAGCCUCAAGAAAAGCUUGAUGACUAACAUAAUUAAUACUCAAUGGAAAAAAUUCUUUUUACAAAUAUAUUAAGUUUUUUUCCUAAAAUAUAUCAAGAUAUACUUGUAAAAAGAGCUGUAAUAGAAUCUCAUUAGACAUGUGGGCUGAUUGGUUACCGUUCCGGGACAACAUUUAAGGUUUAAUUCAUCCUAUUAUUUUAGUCUAUGAUUUGAAAAUUGUUCAAAGUUCUCUCUGACAAAAUUCUCUAUGCCUCAUCCCACUCAAGCCUAGAAGACCAGUAUUCUUUCUUGAAGUUUUCUAUCAUACCAUAAAUUAAAUAUUAUGACGUACAAUUCCCAGUUGAAAAUAAUUAUAUGUAUAAAAUCAGCACGAUUACACUAUUACAAAAUAUGUAAAGCUGAUUUUUCUUUGUGUGUAAAUAGCUACUACAAAACAAAGCUGAACCUUUAGUACAUAGCUAAGAAGAAGUAGUUUUAAUUAGAUAUUAUGUUCAUUGAAUGUUAAAUUGGGAAUAUUUGAACUAUAAAAACUAAUAAAGUUUGAUUAUUUAAGUGAAUUUCGUGAAGGAAAAACAAGUAUCUCAAGAAAUUUUCAAGAUCUAUAAAAGUUGUUAAUGUUUUAUUCAUGAAUAUUAAAUAAGGUUUUAUUGUUCCCUCGAAGUAGAUCAAAGUUAUUUCUUUUAUUUCGUCGUUAGGAAAAAACUUCGUAGAUUUUAUCGAGUUUCCAUGGAAACCAAUAUCUCCCCAAUUUCCAUCUGAAUCUCGCUAUUCAACAUUGGAAUUCUUGCGUAAUUUUUGUAGGAAAGUAUAAUAUUCAAUUUGUAAUAAAAUAUUUAUUAUAAAAAGGGAAAUAUAUUACCUGCUUUCCAGAUAUUGACUUAAAUUAAGUUUGUUACUGUGUAAGUGUGUCAAAGUAAUUUAAAUAAUGAGUCUGGCACUACUACUACUGGUAUUGUCUCGUGUAUAUUCACUCAUAUUGUUGUCACUCUGUCUAUCUUACUAUUUUAAAAGAGAGAUACUAUACCCAUAGACUUACAAUAUACCAGCGUAAAGGCAAACAAAACAUGCGAGAGAGAAGAACAUCUAUAAGGGAUCUCCCUGUAAUAGAUGCAGUAUCUACAGCAAGAUAGAAAAGUAAAGUGAAUCUAUCGGUAUUGCAACGGAUUUUGAUUGUGAAAGCAAAUAAAAUUUUGAAUAACAACCACUAGCUAACGCACACAUUGACAAAUCAAAUCGGGCUAUCAGAUCAUCUAUACGCUAUUAUAUUCUGAGUCUAUAUUUCACUAUACCAUUGUUAUUCAACUAAUGAUCAAAUUAAGAUUAUUAAAUUUUAGAUUCCAUUUAAACCACAACCAGUGAAUGUCUCUCAUUCAGUCAACCUUUCUGACUUUGUGACACCCAUUCCUUUCUGUGACUGAAUCCUAGAUUCUUUGAUAGUUCUGGCAUCAUUAAAAAUUCAAGUAACUAUCUGAACUUGAGUAAGUCAAAUUCGUUUCUGUAGUAGAUUUGUGCUGAGUUAUUCUCCCAUAUUUACGAAAAUGUACUCUUGAUGUUUCUAGCAAUUUUAAUGUAUUUUUUUAUAAUAAUGACCGUCGUCUUGCAGCCAUUGUGUCGUAUUAAGUAUUCUAUGUAAAUUUAGAUAUUAUUUCUAGGAGCUCAAAUCUUUUUGCUGCGUAGGGCUCAAAUCAUGAAUUUCCAAACAGUCAUUUUUAGUCAAUAUUUACAGCGUAUAUCAGCUUGCUACGAUGCGAUACCGAAUUUCCUGUAAAUAGACAACUUUUUUCGAAAUUUUAAAAUUAGAAUCAUCCAAGUAUAAAGCAUGUAACAAUCCAAAAUAAUUAUAGAUUGCUUUUCCUAUUUUAUGGAAAUUCCCUGCUAAGUAGCAGUACCUAAUAACAGAGUAAGUUCUGCGUACUAAUAUUUGACUAUUAAUCUUACACACCCUUUGUUCAAUUAUGUGUUUGGAAAUAAUGUUGUUGAUUGAAGAACGAUUUUGUUCAUAAUCGAAUGUUGAAAUAAAUAUAUUUUGUACAAAAUAA